AUGAACAACGAUAAAAUUACAAAUAAAGUAAUAGAAUGGUUGCAAGAAGAUGAAGAUACAAACAUCAGUGACCUGAACUCAGAAACAGAUACAGAAUCUGAGCAUUCAAAUCAUGACACAGAAUCAGAACAGUCAGGUAAUAGUGAUUCUGAUAAUACACAUACCCCGGCUUCAAAUAAUUUACUGAAUACCCCUUGUUAUGUUGGAAAAGAUGGUACGAAAUGGCUAAUGCAUAAGCCACAAACUACAAAAACUGCUCGUCAAAAUAUAAUUACAAAAUUACCGGGAGUGAAAGGUGCAGCUAAAAAUUCAAAAACAAUUUUAGACUGUUGGAAAAUAUUUUUUCCCGAUAAUAUAAUUAUUUAUAUUGUCGAAUGUACAAAUCAACAACUUAAUUUAAUUCGUUCUAAUUAUACACGAGGUGAAAGAGACUGUCCACCAACAAAUUUUGAAGACAUUUUAGCAUUUUUUGGGUUAUUAUAUUUGGCUGGUGUAAAGAAGGCUCAGCAUUUGAACACCGAUGAAUUAUGGUCUACCGACGGUACAGCUCCUGAAUUUUUCUCGGCAACUAUGUCUAAAAGACGUUUUCAUACUCUCGUACAAGCAAUUCGUUUUGAUGAUCGUAAUAGUAGAUUAGAGCGAAAAAAGACUGACAACCUAGCGCCAAUCAGAUAUAUUUUUGACCAGUUUUUAAAAUCAUGCAUAGAAAGUUACACAAUAAGUGAAUACGCUACUAUCGAUGAAAUGUUAGAAGCAUUUCGUGGGAGAACAUUUUAUACUUCCAACAUGGAAAUAUACACUCCUCAAGGAAAGCCACGAUGUACAUACUGUCCAAUACGUAAAAAUAGAUUCACACAGUAUCAAUGUAGCCUUUGCUCCAAACCAAUUUGCAAGGAACAUACUGCAUCAACUAACCUAAUUUGCCUCAUUUGUAAUAAUCCUCAAGAUUCAGAUGAUUAA